AUGUCAUCUGCAAGUGAGGACGAGACUGAUGAGAACGAUUCGGGGAACGGGCCCCCCACGCCAAAAAAAAUGCGACUGGCUCCUGGAGGUGCAAAGGUCAAAAAACAAAAACAUCGGGUUCAAAAAUAUCGAGUCGAAUGGGAACGAGAUCCGCAAUGCUCGCCCUGGCUCGGACCGGACCCAGCUUCGAAUACAAAAGCGAGGUGCAAAUGGUGCAAUGUCAUCCUUAUCGCUGACAUCAGUUUAAUCAAAACGCACAAGCAAACAAAAAAACACGAAAAAAACGCUGCAGCUUACGAAUGUAGCUCAAAAGUUUUGACCAAAUUUUUCAAACCUCAAGCUUCGUCAAACGCUCGGGAUAAAAAUAUAACGGACGCGGAGAUCAAGAUUUGUGGUUUUAUGGCUGCUCACAAUAUUCCCUAUGCCGUGGUCAAUGAUCUCAUUCCAUGCAUGAAAUCGGCACUCCCAGAUUCAAAAAUUUUAGAAGGAGUAUGCAUGAAAAGGCAAAAGGCCACAAAAAUCGUCACCAACGUCAUCGGUGCUUCUCAUAAAGAGGAAAUCGCGAACCAUCUCAAAAAACGGAAGUUUUCGAUCUUAACCGAUGACUCCACGGAUUGUUCCAGCGUAAAGACAGCAUGUAUUGUAGUUCGAUUCUACAAUGAAGAUUUUGGACGAAUCACCAGCAUGUUUUGGGAAUUGUCGAGCAUUUUUCCGGAAGACGAUGCUGCGGCAGCUCAGGAAGGAGCUAGGGGUCGGCACCUAUAUAAUUUGCUCAUGAAAUCGUUUGAAGAAAAAGAUAUUCCCUUCGCGAAUAUAUUGGGGUUCGGUUGUGACGGCGCAAGUGUCAACAUUGGAGCCCGAAACUCGAUCGCAAGUCGCCUGAAAGAGUCUUGCCCUGGGAUAAUCGUCAUGAGGUGCAUAUGCCAUUCUCUUCACUUAGCGGCCAGCAAAGCAUGCGAACAGAACAUUCCUCGGAGCUGUGAAGACCUCGCCAGGAAUGUACACAACUACGUACAGCACAGCGCGAAGCGCGUUGCUAGUCUCGCUGUGUUUCAAAAAUUUUUGAAUGUAGCUGUGCACAAAAUUCUACAUCCAGCCCAAACGCGCUGGCUUUCGCUACUCUCGGUUGUGGAUCGCAUGUUGGAGCAAUGGGAGCCGCUUCGUCUCUAUUUCAUCGAACGACACAUGGAGGAACGAACAUUAGCAGCAGAAUCCAUUUCCCUGUGGCUAAGAGACCCGUUCGUGAAGCUGUUUUAUCACUUCCUCUCGUGGGUUUUACCCAAGGUCGUCACGAUGAACGCAUAUUUCCAAUCGGAAUCGGUGGUCAUCACAUCGCUCGCCCAAAAAAUGGAGUGUGCUUUCAAAGAGCUUCUCACGACGUAUAUGACGCAGAAGUACAUAGCGACGACUCCACUCAGCAAAGUUAAUACGGAGAAUAAAACCGAAUUCAUCCCACUUGAAAAUAUAUACCUGGGUGUACAAGUGUUGGAAGAAUUGAAAAAACCCGAAGUGUCGAUAAGACCGGACUUGAUAGGAGAUUUUCGGGCAAGAUGUCGCAAUUUCCUGAUCAAACUUUGCAAGGGAAUUCAAGAGCGAUUCGAUUUCGAUGAUCCGCUACUGAAUAUGCUUCCCUUACUCCAUCCAUCUAAAGCUUUAUCAAAGAAUGAGCGAAGCAAACGUCAAUCGCUCGUCGACCUUUGGAGCAUCGUUCCAAGAGCCAAGCCCGAGAACUCGCAAGCUCUCCAGCGCUUGGAUGACGAAUGGCGUUGUCUUCCGCUCGACGAAAUCCCUGAAGACGUGGCCAAGGAAAAAGAACCCGACAUUUUUUGGCACAAAAUUUCACAAUUGACCGACUCUGAGGGCUGCAAAAAAUAUACAGAGCUACCAUCAUUCGCAUUGGCAGUUCUCUGUACUCCUCACGCAAAUGCCGAUUGCGAAAGAGUUUUCAGCAAAUAUAAUUUGGUGAAAACAAAAAGUCGGAACAGGCUGACGGUACAGAACAUUGAAGGCGCUAUGCUGGCUUCGCAAGCAGUGAAACUGAACGCCAAGUGUUGUGCCGCGUUUGAGCCGACGAAAGCGAUGCAUAGUCGAAUGACGAGUGCAAUUUUGUACGAAGGUUCAAACAAACAAACAGCGGAUGCAGAAGAUCACCGAACUAUAAGCGAUUUGGACGUGAUAUUCGAGGAAAUCUAAGUCAUUAGCGGUGCAAAUAUUGCU